GACAUUCCUUGUACUGCUCCCAUCAUGGUAGUCUGUCUGGCCCAGAGUAUGGUGCAGAGGAGCGGCCGCUGGCUCCUGCCGUUCCCUACUGCCCUGUCUCUCUACACCAGGGCUGCAGGAGGCACCCCUUCUCCCUCAGUCGCCCAACCGUCCACCUCCCAGGAUAAGAUUCGGACCGAGGAUGACCUCCCCAGGAUUAAAACCAGGGAGAUGUUGUACAGAUUGUAUGUCCAAGGCUACUACAAGCGUCUACAUGAGCUACAGGUGUAUGAGAAGCAGCUGUACGGCCCCAUGUACAAAAUAGGCGUAGGCAGCAUUAACUCCGUUGCUCUCAACAGUGUGGAGCUACUGGAGGAGCUGCUUAGGAAGGAUGAGAGGUUCCCCAGCCGAGGAGACAUGUCCCUCUGGACAGACUACCGGGACCUGAGGGGCAUUGGUUACGGCCCCUUCACUGAGGAAGGGGUGAAGUGGUACAAUCUGAGGACUGUGCUGAACAAGCGCAUGCUGCACCCUAAAGACUCGGUGCAGUACGGAGACGUGGUUAACGAGGUGGUCAGCGACCUGAUCAAGAGGAUCUACCACCUACGCCGGACCAGCCCCACGGGAGACCGGGUGAACAACCUGUCCAAUGAGCUCUACCGAUUCUCUCUGGAGGGAAUCUCUUCCAUCCUGUUUGAGACUCGGAUCGGCUGUCUGGAGGAAGAGAUCCCGGUGGAGACGCAGCACUUCAUCGAUUCCAUCGCUCAGAUGUUCUCCUACAGCUUGCCGGUGGCCAUGCUGCCCAAGUGGAGCCGCAACAUCCUGCCAUUCUAUGGGCGCUACAUCGCUGGCUGGGAGGGCAUCUUCAAAUUCUCUGUGAAGUUUAUUGAGAUGAAGAUGGAGGCAAUUCAGAAGCGAGUGGACACAAACCAGGAAGUUGAGGGAGAAUACUUAACGUACCUCCUCUCCAAUACAAAAAUGACCAAUAAGGAGGUGUACGGCAGCGUCGCUGAGCUGUUAUUGGCUGGAGUCGAUACGACAUCCAAUACCAUGAUGUGGGCGAUGUACCUGCUGUCCAGGGACUCCAAUGUGCAGAACACCCUUUAUCAGGAGGUGUCACGCUGUGUACCAGGAGACAACAUUCCAUCUGCUCAAGAUGUCAACUGCAUGCCAUACCUCAAGGCUGUAAUCAAGGAAACACUAAGAAUGUACCCUGUUGUCCCCCUGAACUCACGCAUCAUGGCAGAGAAGGAUGUCAUUAUUGGCGGACAUUUUUUCCCCAAGAAGACUUCGUUUACAAUGUGCCACUACGCCAUCAGCCAAGAUGAAAAGACAUUCCCAGAACCAUCGAAGUUCAAGCCUGAACGAUGGUUGAGGGACGGCCGAGUCCGGCCAAACCCCUUUGGCUCUAUCCCAUUUGGUUUUGGGGUUCGGGGUUGCGUAGGUCGUCGGAUAGCUGAACUGGAGAUGUACCUGGCUUUGUCACGUAUAAUCAAGCUAUUUGAAAUCAGACCGGACCCCAGCAUAAGAGAGGUGAAAGCUCUCAAUCGCUCCGUCUUAGUAGCAGACAGGCAGGUCAAUCUGCACUUCCUGGAGAGGACGGACAAAGCUGCCCUUUGACAUGUUAAAGACAGGUGAUAGCCAUUUGUUACCAAGCAGCCUACAAUAUCUAUCGCUGAAUGUAAAUACAAAUACACUACAGUUCAAAGGUUUAGGGUCAAUUAGAAAUGUCCUUGUUUUAGAAAGAUAAGCACAUUUUUUGUCCAUUUAAUAUAACAUC